AUGGAGGUCGACCCACCCCCCUUGGAUGAGCCAGUGGAGAUCUCUUCUGACUCCUCUGGCCCAGCUGAGGGGGGUGACCCAAUUGCGGACGACACGGCACCCACUCGCCGCUCUCCACGCUUGGAGACCCCCCCGGGUUUUCCGCCUCGACCGUCUUCGCCGCCUCCGCAGCCUGCUGCUGUGGACUCUGGAGCUAAGACUACAGGUGCUGAGACAGAGGGUGAGGGUUCUGGGGGUGCUGUGCCUGGGGGUGCUGGUUCUGGGGGUGCUGCGACUGGGGGUGCUGACUCUGGGGGUGCUGCGAGUCCUAGUGGCAGUGGAGUUGUGGGUGACCCUGUUGGAGGUCCUGGAGCUGGAGGUACUAGAGGUGCUGCUGGUGCUGGAGGUGCUAGAGCUACCACUACUGGAGGUGCAGGAGCUGGACAACCACCGCAGCCUGAUCUACUUGAGACGCUCUCGCCGCAGGCGAUUCGUGCGUGGAUCGUUCGGCGAGGCAGUCCUGGUGGUGGAGGGUACGGUCCUGCUGGUGCUGGAGCUACUAGUCCUGGAGGUACUGCUGGUACUGGAGGUGCUGGAGGUACUGCUGGAGGUGCUGGAGGUGCUGCUGGUGCUGGAGGUACUAGAGGUGCUGCUGGUGCUAGAGCUACUAGUCCUGGAGGUACUGCUGGUGCUGGAGGUGCCGGAGGUACUGCUGGAGGUACUGGAGCUGCUAGGCCUGGAGGUACUGGAGGUGCUACUGGUGCUGGAGGUGCUGGAGGUGCUACUGGUGCUGGAGGUACUGGAGGUACAGCUGGAGGUACUAGAGGUGCUGCUGGUGCUGGAGGUACUGGAGCUGCUAGGCCUGGAGGUACUGGAGGUGCUGCUGGUGCUGGAGUUACUGGAGCUGCUGCUGCUGCUGGAGGUGCUGGAGCUGCUAGUGCUGGAGGUACUGCUGGUACUGGAGGUGCUGGGGGUACUGGUGCUGCUGGAGCUGGUGGUGCUGCUGGUGCUGGAGGUGCUGCUGGUGCAGGAGGACCUGGAGUUACAGGUGCUGCUGGUGCUGGAGGACGUGGAGCUACUGGUGCUGGAGGUGCUGGAGCUGCUGGUCCUGCUGCUGGUGCUGGAGGUGCUGGAGCUGCUGGUCCUGCUGCUGGUGCUGGAGGACGUGGAGCUACUGGAGCUGCUGGUGCUGGAGGUGCUGGUCCUGCUGCUGGUGCUGGAGGUACUGGAGGUGCUGCUGGUGCAGGAGGACCUAGAGCUAUUGGUGCUGCUGGUGCUCGAGGUACUGGAGGUGCUGCUGGUGCUGGAGGUACUAGAUGUGCUGCUGCUACUGGUGCUGGAGGUGCUGCUGGGAGUAAUGGAGGAGCUGCUCGUGCUGGAGGUACGGGAGCUGCUGGUGCUCUUCGCCACCUUCCCAGUCAUCCGCCAGGUGCUACUGACUUCCCUGUGGCAGGUACUACUCCUCCGUUACUGUUUCCACCGGCAGACCAGUCACAGCCGCAGCUACUACCGCACUCCCCACUGCCUGCUCCUGCUCCUUACACUGCGGUGACACAGUCCCUGACCGAGCGUCGAGAGCCUGAGACUCGUGCUUCCACCCCUGAGCGUCAAGAGCCUGAGUCCAGCUUUGACCUUGAGCCCGAGCCUAGAGCUGCUGUCCGUGCUCGUGUUCCUCGUGUUCGUCGUCAGCGUGCUCCGGUUGUCCCAGGCACUCACGAUAUGACACUCCGUCCUUCCUCUGUUCCACAGCGUGUUGUCCUGCCGUUACCUCCUGCGUCCUCUCUUCCUGACGUUGCUGACCCUCCGCCUGACCUUGCUCGUGCGUCCAGUCCGACUGUUACUCGCUUUCUUGCUAUGGUGGUGACUGACCCUUCGUUCUCGUCUCCUGCUGCGUCUGCCUCAGUCGCUGAGCUCGUUGACUUUGCUGCUGUGUACCGCCUAGACUACCUUGCGAGUCUUUUUUCUGACCCUGUCCCUGCUUGUCCUCCGUCCGUCGAGGGUGAGACUGCCUUUGGCUGUACUGCCCUUGGCUGUGACGUUCUUGAGGACAGGCAAGAGGAGCUGGAGUGCCUUGCGGCCGCUGCACCCCAUCUCGCGACCAUGCUGCUUGCCCCUGAGGGAGACCCGGAUGCACUUGACAUCCCCACCCCGCGCUCUUACAGAGAGGCGAUUUCGGGUGAGUACUCCUCUCAGUGGCAGACAGCCAUGGACGCAGAGAUGGCUUCCUGGAAGUCCACUGGCACCUACGUCGACGAGGUUCCCCCACCUGGGGCGAACAUCGUCAGUGGCAUGUGGAUUUUCAGGGUGAAGCGGCCGCCGGGUUCUCCGCCUGCCUACAAGGCACGUUACGUUGCUCGAGGCUUCAGUCAGCGUGCGGGGGUCGACUUCUUUCAGACCUUCUCCCCCACCCCGAAGGUGACCACUCUUCGGGUGUUGCUACACGUUGCAGCUCAGCGUGACUACGAGCUGCACUCCCUCGACUUCUCGACAGCUUUCUUGCAGGGUAGCCUUCACGAGGCCAUCUGGUUGCGCCGUCCAGAGGGCUUCACUGGGUCGUUUCCUGAGGGUACCCAGUGGAGCCUACGGCGACCAGUGUACGGCCUGCGUCAGGCGCCCCACGAGUGGCACGACACACUGAGGACGACACUUGUGGCUCUUGGGUUUGCUCCUUCGACUGCUGACCCGUCGCUGUUUCUACGCACCGACACUAGUCUGCCGGCGUUCUACAUCCUCGUGUACAUCGACGACUUGGUUUUUGCUACUGCUGACACUGAGGCACUGGCCCUAGUGAAGGCGGAGCUGCAGAAGAGACACACCUGCAUUGACCUGGGUGAGCUGCGGAGCUAUCUUGGCUUGCAGAUCACCCGGGACAGAGCACGGCGCACCAUCACCCUCACUCAGUCACACAUGGUGCACCAGGUCCUUCAGCGCUUCGGCUUCACGUGGUCCUUGCCACAGCCCACUCCUCUGUCUACCGGCCACUCGCUCUCAGCUCCACCUUCGGACGAGUCCGUAGAGCCGAGUGGUCCGUACCUAGAGCUUGUGGGCUGCCUCAUGUACCUGAUGACGUGCACACGACCUGACCUCGCGCACCCUCUCAGCCUCCUGGCUCGCUACGUGGCACCCGGUAGACACCGAAAGGUGCACUUUGAUGCUGCGAAGAGGGUACUGCGUUACUUGUGCAGUACAUCGGGCAUGGGGCUCGUGCUUGGAGGACGGGGUUCAGUGGUACUCACAGGACACUCUGACGCUUCUUGGGCCGAUGACCAGGCGACUCAGCGUUCGUCACAGGGUUACACCUUCAGUCUUGGCUCUGGUUCUGUCUCAUGGAGGUCCACUCGUUCUUCUUCUGUGCUUGGUUCCAACUGUGAGGUCGAGAUCUACGCUGGGGCCAUGGCUGCACAGGAGCUUCGAUGGCUGACCUACCUACUGACCGACUUGGGGGAGCGGCCUCGUUCUCCUCCACUUCUGUACGUCGACAACAAGGCAAUGCUUGCCUUGUGUCGCGAGCAGAGACUGGAGCACAGAACGAAGCACAUUGCUCUUUGCUACUUCCUUGCACGUGAGCUGCAGCAGCGUGGUCAGCUGCGCCUUGCUUACGUGGCCUCUCGGGCCAACACUGCUGAUAUCUUCACCAAGGCCCUUGGGUCUGGUGAUCAUCAGCGUUUCUGCACAGCUCUUGGGCUUGUGCUCACUCUGCCUCACCUGCUGGUUGCUUGA